AUGCGCCAAAAACGAGCUGAUGGAAUAACAACAGACUACGAUGUGUAUCGUAUGAACUCAUUUCACCAAAUUGGAGGUCAAAAAAUCCGAGAGCGCUUACCGAAAGAAAAGCGUGAAGCAGUGCUUCGCUUGUGUCGUUUCGAUUCGGACAUCGAUCAUAAGGUCUUCAAACAUGAAUACUCCAUGUUCAAAAUGCUAGCAAGAUCGUACACCAACCAUGCCUGUCGCAUACGCUUCCCCGCCAUACUCGGCCGAGGCUAUCUGGGAGAAUUACGCUAUUUGGAUAUUGACGACGAUAACCGCCGACAUCCUGAUAUUAUCGAAAGGCCGCAGAUACCUCGCCCAUACUUCAUCCUGGAGAUGGUUGGACCCACUGUUGAGACAUUCUUCAAGUCAGACAGGAAUAAGCAUCUGCCAGUCCACACAUCACUUUUCCUGACCAUCGGAUGUAUACAGGCUUUGAGACUUCUACAUUUGAAAGGAUUCGCUCACCGAAAUGUACAACCAGCAUACUUCUCAAUUCGGCUUCCUCGUGGAAUUCUCAUCAGAAGGGAGUGCGAACUAUGUGACCUUGUGGCCAUCACGGAAUUGUGGACAUGCAGAAAAUAUCGCGCACAUCUUGCACGUCUUCGUACCGGCCUUACUUACGUAGGGAACUGGAAAUAUGGAAGUGUUGAAACUCUGAGCGGAAAAGCACCUACAGCUGUAGACGAUCUUAUAUCAUGCAUUUACAUGAUGACUGAAUUCGUACUAGGGAAUGUACCGUGGCACACACAAAUAGAAAAGCAGCGAAUCAUCAACACUAAAAAGGAGGUGGAAAGGUGGAAGAAUGUUGAAGAUGCCCAACACAACACUCUUCUCACCAAUUACUGCAAGCUCUACGAAUGGCUUCAUAGCCAGCCGUCAUAG